UGUCACGUGACGAGUAGCUUUGCUUUGCCGCGGAAGGCAUUUUGUGCCAAGACUGAAAAACCCGGCAAAAAAUAUAAACUUUUCUGCCUUAAAUAACGCCAAAAUAGUUCAAAAGUACCCAAAAAUCACCAAGCAUUGGAUCAGGAAUUAAUCUAGGAACAAUUCUGGGCCCAAAUUGAUGGCUAGUAGGAUGUAUUUAGACAGCUAUCUUGACACUGUCUAAAGAAAGAUGACACACACAAGCGAAUCAAGAAUCGGGGAAAUCUUUUCCUUUUCAGGUAUUGAGAAUCUUCCCUUUGAACUACAAAGAAAUUUUACUUUGAUGAGAGACUUGGACCAAAGAACACAAGAUUUAAUGAAAGAAAUAGACACCUUGUCUGAAGAUUAUGUAUCCGGGGUAAGAGAAAUGGACUCGGGGCAGAGAACUGACCACCUGAAGAAAAUAGAAAUUGCUUUCUCUAAAAGUAAAGAAUAUGUGGAUGAUAAAGUACAACUAGCAAUGCAAACUUAUGAAAUGGUUGAUAAACACAUUAGAAAAUUGGAUUCAGAUCUUGCGCGAUUUGAAAUGGACUUAAAAGAACAGAAAGCCAAAGAAGCAGGAUUGUCUGACUAUGAAGAAGAAAUCACUCCACCUAAAAAGGGAAGAGGAAGAAUGAGUAAAAGAAAAGCAGACGAACCAGCUAAAAAGAAAAAGAAACGAGAUACGAGUCCAGCUAAGAGCCUUGGUGUUACAGCUACUCUAUUUUCACCUGAGGUUGUACAAGUUCUUGAUAUGCCUGUAGACCCGAAUGAGCCAACUUACUGUAUAUGUCAUCAGGUUUCAUAUGGUGAGAUGAUUGGAUGUGAUAAUAUUGAGUGUCCUAUUGAAUGGUUUCACUUCCCCUGUGUUGGACUCACUGCAAAACCAAAAGGAAAAUGGUAUUGUCCCAAAUGCGCCCAAGAAAGAAAGAAAAAGUGAAGAUAUCCUCAAAUUAUUUGUAUACAUUUAUGAAUUAAAUCAAGAGAGCAGAAAUAAGAGAGGGAAACUUCUUAAUAACGCGUGCGCCAUGUAAAUUCCCGGUUGGGCUAUUCUUAGUAACCGGAUGCAGUUUAAAUGUAGCCUUACUCUACUUCCGUGCGUCAUCAGUGAUCAAAACAAUAAAUGGAAAGAGCGCGAGCGUGAGUAGGGUUAGGUGAAAUUUAAACUGCAUCCGGUUACUAAAAAUAGCUCAACCGGAAAUUUACAAUACGCGCGCGUAAUUAAGCAGUUUCCCUCUUAUUUAUGCUUUCUUGGUUAAAUUGUAUAUUCUUAGUACGUAAUGGCUUGGGUUUGGAAUACAAAUCCCUACACAUGUGGUGCGUCCAUGAUUUCGGUGAAAGGAAAUGUCUACUGCUAAAACCGACAGUAUAUCGAUAGCUCAUCGAUUGUUUGCCGAUAGGCGUCCGAUAGGAUUCCGAUAGUUUACCGAUAAAUUACGGAUAGCUUAAAGGUAACUUGAUCAUAGCGAACCGUCAAUCAAUGAUAAUAGCUUAUUGAUACCUUAAUGAUAGAGUGCCGAUACGUUGCCGAUAGUUCACCGUUUCACCGACGAUAACAACGAAAGUUAGCCGAUGCAUUAUCGAUAGGAGGAAUACUUCGUACCAACGAUAACAUGGCGAUUGUAACGACCACAAUCCUUAAUAUAUCAUAUUUUAUACUCWAACCCCGGAUCGUAACAGGGAGUUAGUGAACAAUAUUGUAGGGAAAAAAGGGAUCUUAAAACGAGAAAAUGAAAUUUUCCCAUUUGCAAUCAUUUUAA